AUGUUGUGCUUCAACGAGGCGGAGACGCUGUUUAACUAUUGUUUUGGAACAUGUCAACAGAGGAAAAUCUUUCCUCACUACAUUCCCCCAGACUUACUCGGAAACAAGUUUCUCCCUCUGAGGGGAUCUCCCCUGAGAGGGCCUGGAUGUUAUUUGACAGAAGACAAAUAUGGCUUGGCAUACAACCUCACUAAGAUCCCAACCAGUAAGAAAGGAUACACUUUUGGAGCCAGAACAAGCUUGAGGUUUCAACCAAUUAAUAAGGAUGCAACACAUUACCCAGGCAUGUACCAAACAGUACAUUCUCCAGAGGAAAAACACAAACAAUCUUUUGCUCCAUUUAAUGUCAAGUUACCUCGAGAUAGGAAGACCAUUUUAGAAAAGGACUUUUAUCCUGGUCCUGGCACAUACAACCCAGAGAUCAGGCCACCCCCAAAAGUUGCUUGGCCAAUGAAAUUUGGAUCUCCAGACUGGGCUAAGGUUCCAUGUCUACAGAAAAGAACUCUAAAAGCAGAGCUGUCCACAGACAAAGACUUUAGAAAACAUCGGAACCGUGUGGCCUACCUAAGUCUAUAUUAUGAUUGA